GUUCAUUUCGUACCGCUACAUGCGCACUGAGGCAUUCUUGGCGCCGCUGUCCUUGCUUCUUUUAUCUUGCUCGGUUACAAUUGUGUUAAUCUCGCGCUUUACCAAUGUUAAUAUGUCAGAGUUCGGGGAAGGCUUAUUCUCGGAUUUUCGGCCGGCGUCGAACAACAAGGCGGUUCAAGAGCAGACAAUUGCUGGCAAAUCGAUUUCCGCGCCUGAGUGCCUACCUACGGGUCCAGGUAGCUUUAUGGAUAUCUCGCAAGCAGAGGAUGUCGGGGCUCGCAAUGCGGUGCGCCUGCAGAGGAAGCGACGAAGACCGGCAUUGGCAUGCGACGAGUGUAGGAGAAGAAAGGUGAAAUGUGACAGAGCGGUGCCCUGCACCAACUGUAUUCGUCACCAGUGUGCGGAUGUUUGCAGCUACCACUCUUCAAAUGUACCUAGACGUCGGGUUCCGGACACAACACCUCCGGCUGACCCUGAAUCCGUCUGGCCUCCCCGGGCUAUUGAAGACCUUCAGACUCCCGCCGUAAAUUCGGUCUCAUCCAACGCUGGGGUUGAGGGGAGAAGCCCGUCCUCUGCGCUUGACGCGAACGUGACCUCCCUGAAUGAGAGGAUCCGCGAGCUCGAGCAGCGGCUUUCUCGAGUGCAGCCAAGCGCAGGUCCUGAUGGUUCUGCACAUGAUGCUGCCCAGCGCUUGAUAAACCGGGGCGCUCCCAAGGGCAUCCUAGCAAAGACAAGAUACUUUGGCGUGAGCCACUGGAUGCACAGCGCCGUAGCCUUACCUCUAAUAAUUGAAGUUAUGCACUCGAAAGAGGAACACGGCGAGACGCUUUACAGCAGACUGAGCGCCAACAAAAGGCUAGGUCGACGUAUAAAAUCUACUAGAAUGCCAGUGUCUGCAAGUCAUAAAUUCAGUCAGAACAGGCGUCCACCUUGCUCUCGGGAACUGUGCGACCAACUCGUGGACAACUACUUUCGUACUUUCGAGACAAUAUAUCGCAUCCUGCACGUGCCCCGAUUCCGCAGGGAGUAUGUCAAAUAUUGGGAGGAUCCGACGGCUGUUCGAGAUGCCUUUUUGGUUCAGCUACAGCUUGUGCUCGCCAUCGGAGCCUGUCUGCAAGACGAUAUAUUCUCUCUCCGGAACCAGGCUACUGAGUGGUUACACGAUGCCCAGCAUUGGAUCACAUCGCCAACGCCCACAUUCAAGGCGCGAUUGUCUCUCGAUGCGAUGCAGAGCAUGUGCUUACUGCACAUUGCUCGUGAGACGACUGGUGUCGGCGCAGACUUGACAUGGAUAUCUGCCGGAGAACUAUUACGCAAUGCCAUAUUUAUGGGCCUUCAUCGUGACCCUGACAAACUUUCCAAGAUGCCCAUCUAUCGUGCCGAGAUACGACGGAGGCUUUGGGGUACUAUAUUGGAGAUGGCGCUACAAGCCAGCAUAGAUUCGGGCGGACCAGCGUCAAUUUCACUCUCGGACUUCGACACAAAACCUCCAUCAAACUUUGACGAUAUUCAACUGGACGAUACUGAGGCUGAAACCGUGCUCGAAGCCCCCCAGCCGAUGCCUACCGACCACUUCACUCAAACUUCUGUCCAAAUCGCGCUCUACAAAUCCUUCCCAACCCGUCUCGCCAUUGCUCAAUAUUUAAACGACUUCCGCAGCAAUGGGAAUUAUAGCACGACGCUUCGGCUCAACACGGAAAUGACGGCCGCAUGUCGAACUUUGUCCAUGAUUCUCCGGUCCUUCAGAUCUCGAGACAGUCAUGAUUCCCCCAACAGUGCAACAAAUCAGCAGCAUCCUUCAGAGUUCCAGAUACUCGUGACAGAAUUGAUCACACAUCGUUACUUCUUGGCCCUCCACAUGCCUUGGCAAACUGCGCUUCAGCGAGAUCCUUCACACUACUUCUCUCGAAAGGUAUCGGUUGAGACCGCCAUGAUGCUCUAUCGAUCGUGCUGCAGUGAUGGCGUCUCAGAGGACCGCCGACCAGCAGAGUCUGUAGGAAGGGCCGACUUUUCCCGGCUGUCAAUAUGUGGCUCUGGGAUAUAUCGAAACAAUAAUUUGCAGAGCACCGUGACACUGGCUACAGAGCUCAUCUGGCAACUGCGAGAGGAAAAAGCCACACGAACAGAGGCUGGCUUUGCCGGUGACUUUGGGGGCACCGGACCGGAUUCACACUUGCAAGGCGGCGGGAUCCCACCCAAGACAACCUUUGGUCUCGGUGUAAUGCCCUUUGCGGAUCUCUUGGGUGCCUUGCGUGGUUUUGCUGCCUGGGCAGAGAGGCGUAUUCUAGCGGGCGACACCAACACCAAAGGUUUAAUUUUUGUCCACUGUGUUCUGUCACAGGCAGAGUCGAUCCAGAGGGGUCAGUCGGACGACGAAAUGCGCACCAGGAGCAUUGCCUCCAUCAAGGAGUCUAUAUCCAAAUGUCACGGCUUGCUCAAAGUAUUGGCUGCCCGUGUAGGUGUCUCAUCCGCGCAAGCUAACGAAACGUCCACAUCCAAGGCAAGUGACGCUGGGAAACAAGUAAGUGCGAGCACAAUCGAGGGAAUCACAGGUUCCGCAAAGGACAUUUUAACGUCCGGAGACUCCGGAAAUACGGGCGACAGUGGCUUCGGGCAUUCAAAUAUCGAGACGGCGACGGCGGAUAGCACUCCUCAGGAGAAAUUUGUGGCAUUUGGUGGAAUCGCCGACCUGUCAUUUGACAUGGACGGUAUGUGGGACCUAGGGACCAUGAUGAAUGGCCAAGGAUCCGGCCUCAACUUCGAUUGGCCUGGUCCAGGCAUGUAUAACUAGACAACUUUCGAGUUUGAGCAACAAUGGAUUUUAACUGGGUUAAUCACCACUCAUGUUGCAUUUUAUACUAAAGCGACAUAUUAUCGGAAUGCCUGACCUCUAUUAAUCGAAAUACUCGCCUCAGGAACUGAGUUGAUCAUUAAGCUACGUUGGCGCUUCCCGGGAGCUUCGUGACUCUACUUUUAGAUGGUAUUGCUUGGCCGUCCUAGUUGGUUUAAUCUGUGAUUUCUUCCCGA